AUGUAUACAAAUAAUCAAUUUCUUACCUUUACUCAAGAAGAAGACAAUAUGAGUAAUAAUUCUAAUAUAAGUAAUGAUUCUUCAAAUACUAUGACUGAUCAGGAGAAUAAUAAUGAAAUCCAUGAAGAUGAAGAAAGCAAUUCAUCAAUGAUCUGGAAAACAGAAGUGUAA